AAGUGGGACGGAAUAUGCAAUUUGAAAUUUUUUAGUGAAAAAAAUCAGCGUGAAUGCACGGAAGCAGCACGGUCGUUGCACACAGCAGCUGAACAGCUGGAGACAUUUGUCGAUAAUCCCCAGUUUGCAGCAGUACCAGCAAAAAUAUCUACAUCCGGUGCAGCGGCUCAGCAACCAGUUCUUGUCUCCGGCAGAGAAAUGCUGGAUGCCAGUUGCGAGAUGAUCAUGACGGCCAAGCAACUUGCUCUUUCACCGACUGAUGCAUCAACCUGGCAAAGACUUGCGGAUAAUUCGAAAGUUGUUAGCGAAAGCAUCAAACGUUUGGUUGCUUCGAUUCGUGAUCAGGCACCAGGCCAAGUGCGUGUCAAUAUUUUUUGUGUAAAUUCAGAGUGUUCUUUAUAA